CACAGAGAAACCAAUCGAGAGAGAGAGGCUCGCACGGAGAUCAAUGGCGUCUAGGGUUAGCUUGAAGACCAAGGGCAAGUCCACCACCAAGGGCUCCAAGGGUUCCGACGACGGCUCAAUCUCUCAGUCCGUCAAGGAGUGGACCAACUGGACCAUGAGGAAGGCCAAGGUCGUCGUUCACUACGGCUUCAUCCCUCUAAUCAUCAUCGUGGGCAUGAACUCCGAUCCCAAGCCACAGCUUUCCCAGCUUCUCAGCCCCGUCUGAGAUCCGAUCGCGUCGGGUCGGGUCGGGUCAGAUCAGUGGGGUUCAUGGGUCGUCUGCCCGCUCCGUAUUUGUCGAAUUGAUAUGGUCUGUAUUUUAGGGAGGUGGUCUAAGACAAUGUAUGCUUUGGCAUCAUGAAAUUGGGUUUUAAAUUUCUAAUGAGAAUUUCGCGGCUUUUUAUGAUA